AUACAGCUUAAUCUAAGUACUUCUGCGACCAGCUGGAGCUCCUCAGGGACCUGCAGGGGGUCCUCGCACCUGACAUUGAGAACCAGUGUUCUGGUCUCCUCGGGAAGCUUCUGUGAGGACUGAGUGAAGGAAGUCGCAGCCCAUGUUAGGAAAUCUUCUCCCUGAGGCUCUGCUGCAGUCAACCGGACAGCUCAGGGUGGUGAUCGCACACGGGAUCUCUCUCCGAGACGAAUCAUAAUAAUAAUAAUAACGAUAAUAAUAAUAGUACUAAUAAUUUACCAUCAUGGCUCAGGCUAAAAUACAAGCGAAAAUGAACGAGGCUACGUGCAGCAAGUUCAGCAGGACGCUGUCCAUGGCAGAUCGCGCCGGACAACUCCUGGAAAGUUUGGAUCAGCUGGAAAUGAGGGUGGAGGCUCUCCGCGAGACAGCAUCGGCCAUGGAGCAGGAAAGGGAGAGCAUCCUGGAAAUGAUCCAGUCCAUUCAGAAUGGCCAGGAACUGAGAAACAUCAGCGCCGGGGAGAGAGAGGAGUUAAAUUUGACUGCAAACCGUCUGAUGGGCCGGACGCUGGCUGUGGAGGUCUGUGUUAACACAAUCAGAAACUCACAGCAGGAGGAGGCUCUAAACAAGGCCACAGCUCUGAUCGAUGAAAUAGUGAAAAAGUUACUGGAUGACAUGGAGAGCGGCCGGCAGCGGCUCCUGGCCCUGCACGCGGCCUGUGUGACAGAGGCCCCGCCCGUCCCCAUCGACCAGAAGUUUCAGGCCAUAGUGAUUAGCUGUGCUCUGGAGGACCAGAAGAAGAUCAAGCGGAGGCUGGAGACUUUGUUGAGGAACACUGAAAAUGCUGAAAAGAACAUCAAGAUUAUGGAUCACCAAAAAGUGGAGAUCCCAAAAGCCAACGGCUGUAAAUAAGACCCAUCACCAAAACAUGUCUUAAAUACCACUAACCUCACCAAGAACUGUUCGUGUACUAACUUUUAGAGGGACUCUAAACGUAGCAGCAAGUCCAGGUCUUCUGGGGAAAUUACAUUAAUGCUGAACCUUUGGGCCAAAAAUACAAAGCACAACUGAACCAGAAGGAAUGUUACAGUGAUUUCUGGACAUAAUCAAGUUGUACCUUUAGAUUACUAUCAUAUCCCUACGAAAUAUUAUUUUUUAAAACGUGUAUUCCCACUUCACAAUGUGUGCUCACAUGUGCACUGAGGUAACAGAAAAAGAUUCAAUUGCAUAGUGCACCGUUGCAGGUUUGGUCACAGUUUCUUGUUAAAUCCAGUGCUUGACAAACAAUGAACCCAGUGAUGAAGUAUCUUUUCCUUUUAUUGUCCCACCUCUUAAAAUAAACACUCUGUAAUGUUUUUGGAUGUGCAUACACUACCUCUUUGUGUGAAGGCGACACUGAUCACAUUAAGCUGUGGAUUGUAGUUCACAUUUUGCACAAAGCAGUUUUGGUGUCAGAUUAUGUGUAAUUUACAUUAAUAAAAAAAACAAAAUAAGUCCUCUGA